GGUUAAGAGAGCAUUAAAUUUGGACACUGUUAAAAAAGAUAAUGCCCCUGAGGAAACCCCUCUGAAGGCCAAAAGGAGCAGCCUGAAUUUCUACUCGCCCACCACGGGCACGUGCCAGCUGAGCCCCUGCUCCUCUCCCUGCAGUGCCCCAGCACAGGGAGAUGGGAGCGAGCAGAGCGAGUCCGGGAGCGGAUUGUCCAGCAGAGGGCAGCCUCAAACAGAGCACGAUGUGUUCCUGCAACUGCACUCCCAAGUGAGAAAUUCCUUGCCCAGAAUUCUGAAACUAAGAGCAAAUCUGACAAGCCUGAAGGCUUUGGAGGGCAGUAGAGAGCUGGAAAACAUCCUCGGAGUCUCCCACUCCUGCUGUGACCUGAGUGCUGAACUGCAGAAAAACCAAACGCUGGUGAGUCAAGCAGAAAAACUGCAGCUGUUGAAAGCAAACCAUGGAAAAGUCCCUGCCCGAGCCCUCUGUAUUGAGAGCAAAUAGAGAUCUCAUCAUGCAGUCGAACAGAGAGAAAAAAAAAAGAUGUGUGUUCUUUUGGCUUUCUGGAGAUUUCUGCAAUGAGCAUUUAUCAAGAUACUCUGCUGUGAAGAACUGCUUCCUCAUCUGACAAAAAAAAUCAUUUCCAAGUGCAGAUGAAAAAUGUGGUACUUUCCCUGAACUAGGAAAAUGCACAUAAUGGACAUGUUACAGUGAUUCUGUGGGAGCUGCUGCACUCCUUGGUGUGUGAUAAUUGUCAAUAUUCUCACUUGUUUCAGCCAUGCCACGGUACCUGACUAUUCAUAUCAUUAUAAUACUAUUAUUUGCUAUUUUCAUGGAAAAGAAAGAUUCAUCAUUGCAAAUACUUCACAUGUCAAAUACUCCUCUUGAUGGAAGCCUAACUGUGAUAAUGGCAGCAAAGCAUCUUCCCAGAGUUUAUUUACUUCUAUUAACCUGCUCAUUGAGAACAGAAACCAGACUGAUUGUGCUCCCACUGAAAUAUUGACAUGAGCCAGACAGAGAUUUAAGAGGUUCUUUAAAAUAUAGGAAAGCCAUCUGUGGUUUCACCAUGAUCUAUGUUUGUGGGAAUCCCACCAGCUCAGCAAUGUGCAAUUUAUUCCCAGAAAGUGCAAAGGACCUCUUAUCUCUGCUAAUUCCUUCCUGGGGGUGGAGAAAGCAGAUUGUCUCCACUCUCACACAUUCAGAUUAAAGUUUCCCAAAUAACUGAGGUCACUGGAGUUUCAUCAGUGUCAAUUCUGUAGCUCUAAGUCCAGUGGAACAAAGAAUCUGCCACUGGAUUACUGAAAUACAAAAUAAAUAUUUGAAUCACUGAAAUACAAAAUAGACAUUACCCAAAUUUUAGAGUGUUUGUGUGUGUAUCAAUUUCUCAAUCUUCAGGGGAAAAAAAGGAUGAAAAUAAUUAAUUGGCUUCAGAAUGAUCAAAAGAUCUUAAUCCAAAGGUUGAUUAUUAAAAGCCAGCUACUAAUCAGUUAGUUUGACAAUGCACAUUUAGCUUCCAUCUACAGAAAGCAGCAAGUACACAGACAAACCUAGUUAAAAUUAAUAAAACUGGAAUAUUUUAUUUUAAAAGGCUCACAAAUACCUUAAAAGUAGUGAUCUUAUUCAGUUGUAUUGUUAACCUGGGAACAGAAUUUUAAGUGUUUGAAGCUGUCUCUCAAUACCUGUAUUUAGCAGGAGUUUGGACAUGCAUUAAAAAAUCAGGCAUUAACCUAUGAAACCAAAUUUUUCCUCAGUAAUUCCCCAAGACCAGGCCAUCACUAAUGGUAAUUUCUCAAAACCAGGUAUCAGUUUUUGUUUCUUCAUUGAAUUCCAGAGGCAGAUCCAAAAGCAAUGAUGGCAAGGAACAGGGUGGGAAUGAGACAGAGAUCCAGGGGUGCACAGUGAAUGAGGGUGGAAUUAAAAGUUUAUCACAUCUGCAGGAAGACAAAGAGGAAAAAAAUAAUCCCAGUGGAUUUAUGUGCUUGGCAGCUCUAACACUGGGGUUUGCCUUUUUACAGCCAGCCAAUGCUCAAAGUCAAGCUUUAAUAAUUGGCUGGACUGGAUCAGAUUCAGCUUUUCCUACUCCAAAAGCAGUUAUAUCAGCACUGGGGAGGAAAUAAGAUUUAAAAAUUGUUAUUUUAGCUCAGGCUUUAUUUUAGACUCUCUUCCACAGUCUUGAUUGGGAUGAAAUUAAAUCAACUUACAAAAAUCUAGUUAGCAACGGAAUUCUAAAUAAAUCCUCUUGCACUGCAAGAGAAAUUCAGUGUGUGCCUGAAGCCAGGGUGUUCCCUGCCUAGAAAUGGGUAAAAACCUCAGUCACCCACAGACCUCUCAGAAAUGUCACUGUGAGAAAGCAAACUCAAACCAAAACAAUUGGAAAUGCAGCUCAGCUUCAAGCAAAUUCUUCAAAUAAAUGAAGCUCAGAAUUACCAGUUAAAAAUCACCAGAAUGCUCCUGAGCAGCUCAGGGGAUGGGGCUCCCAUUGCCUCAAAAAUCCAGAGUAGAAUCUGACUUGUGAUUCUUUGGGCUGAUGAGGAUUGAAAGUAUUGGUUCUUUUUUUUAAUCUUUUUUUUAAAUGUGCAGAAAGCAAGCCUUGUGCAAGUGUGGGAAUGGAACUGGGAGGCUUGGAAAGGAACUUGCUAAUUCUUUGCAAGCCUUCUGACACGAGGAGGAGAAAAACUCAUCCAUUACCAGAAUGCAGCUCUGGCUCCUGCUGUAAACAAGCUUAAGGAGGUACAGCCACAAGGCAGAGUCAUUGCUCACUCCAUGUCACCUCUGCACUGUCUUCAUUAGCAGCAGCAUUAGCUACAUGUAA